CAACAACAACGAAGAAGAAGAAGAAGAAGCAGCUGCAGCUUUAGCUCGAAGGGAGCGAAAUACACAUUUUUUCGGCUGAAUUUGACCAAAAUAACAGGUACGCUGGAAUUUUCUGAUACCCACUCGGACAUGUCCUAUGUCUUCAUCAACGACUCGUCGCAGACCAACGUGCCUCUGCUGCAGGCCUGCAUCGAUGGAGACCUGCCGUUCGCCAAGAGGCUCCUCGAGACCGGAUGCGACCCCAACAUCCGCGACAACCGGGGUCGCACCGGCCUGCACUUAGCCGCCGCCCGGGGCAACGUGGACAUAUGUCGCCUCCUGCACAAGUUCGGGGCCGACCUGCUGGCGACGGAUUAUCAAGGGAACACGGCGCUUCACCUGUGCGGGCAUGUGGAUACCAUACAGUUCCUGGUGUCCAACGGGCUGAAGAUUGAUAUCUGUAACCACAAUGGGUCGACCCCUCUGGUGCUGGCCAAGAGACGCGGCGUCAACAAGGACGCCAUUCGUCUGCUGGAGGGACUGGAGGAGCAGGAAGUGAAAGGCUUCAACAGAGGGCCUCACUCCAAACUGGAAACUAUGCAGAUGGCCGAUAGUGAGAGUGCGAUGGAGAGCCACUCCUUACUCAAUCCCAACCUGCAGAGCAGCGAGGGCGUCCUGUCCAGCUUCAGGACCACUUGGCAGGAGUUUGUGGAGGACCUGGGCUUCUGGAGGGUCUUGCUGCUGCUGGUGGUCAUCGCCCUCCUCUCUCUGGGCAUCGCCUACUACGUCAGUGGGGUCCUGCCUUUCUCCACCAGCCAGCUGGAGCUUGUGCACUGAGGAAAGGAUGGAGAGGAUGAGAGAGAGAGAGGGGGGGGGAGAAAUUCAACGAUUUGUGUUUUUCUUGGUUGCCUAAACAGGGAAACCGAUUGUAUUGUUAGCAAAAAUGUAUUUCUUAUGAGCAGCGAUCCAAAAGAACAAAACACUCUUCCUCAAUUACAGAAAGUUACUUUUAAAAAAAAAUGUUUAAAAAAAAGCAAGUUUGAAAGGUUGUGAAGUGAUUAACAAGAUGUCACCCAGACAGUGUCCUCUUCUAAUACAAUGACUCAAAAAUGAUGGUCUUGUUUCCAUAUUGUGUAACAUACCCCCCCCCCCCCCCCCCCCCUUUAAAAUGAGACCACAGCUCAAGAUGCUUUUGAAAAAUGUAACGACUCAAAAGUGUGAAAAUGAUGCACUUGUUUUGUUUAUAAAGACAUUUCAUCUUCUUCUUUUCAUUCAUACUGUACGAUCUGUUACAAGCUGUAUAUUGCCAACGUUUUUUUUUUAUCUUUUUGUUUUCUCAUUUGAUCUCUCGAUUGUGUUAUUUAUCAAACAUCCUCUGCAUUAAUUUCCGUCGCAUAUUGUAUGUUUUAUUGAAAUCCUGCACCUUUUGCUGUCUUUAUCCCUUCAUCCUUUCUUAUUCUGACUGGAAACUGUUUUAUUUUGAAGGCUUACAGAGGCAGGAGUGUUGUAUCUUCUGCAGGUUGGAGAAGCACUAGACUGUGUGCCUUUUGGGAGGAAGCUUCAUGUUUCACUAAAGUUUAUUAAGACAUUCCCACCUGAAGCAGCUUUGUUGCAUUCAAAUCUACUGUGUUAUUGUCAAGCUUCAUAUUAAGGCACAACUAUUACAAACUGUAUGAUUAUGACAGCAGAUUCAUGGUUAUUUCUUGUUUUGUUGUAUUUUCAUUUUUAUCUUGAUGUCCUUGUAAACCAUGUAUAUUUUAUUUCUUGUAGCUUUUCCAUUAUUGAUUUUCCGUGUACAAUAACAAGUAAACACUAAUUUAAUGUGGAAAAUGAAUAAAAUCGUGUAUGUAUGGUUCUAAU